AUUAAAUUUACGGGCAAAUAUAUAACAGGGACAAUUCAAAAGAUAUUUUUCUUGAAUACUACUGACGAUUCGCCUGCGCAGGUCACCUGCGGAAGAAAUUCAUCUCCAAUAGAAAUGAAUUGCAUUAGAUAGAUUAGAAAUGAAUUGCAUUAGAUUGGAAUCUAAAUUGAGGCUAUCUACUUCACAAUGUAUGUGUUAAAAGCAAUUUUUGAUACCUGCUAUGACAACAGGAAAAUCAACUCUGUUCCCUUAUUAAGUUUUAGAAAGACAAAUCGUUCUAUUCUGUGAUAAAAUUUUGAGGAGAGAAAGUCUGCAGAAAAAGAAUGAAGAUUCAAAAAUUCUGUGUUCUUCUUUCACUUUUAUAUCUAGCAUUGUUCCUAACACGUGCUGGAUCAUGGAUUCUACGUCUGCCAUGCAAAGUAGAGGGAGUGUUUGAUGUUGCAUCUCCAGGCUACGCACUUUAUAAUCGAUUGCUUUCAACAUUGACCGCUUCAAGGUUGGAAGAUUGUUUUGAAAAUUGCAGACUUAUUGACGGGUGUAAGUCUGUAAAUUAUAAAGUAUCUGGUGAGAAUAACUGUGAGCUGAACAAUCAAAUAAAUGGGAGUGCUGACUCGGCAGAUUUCAGGAACAGAGUUGGCUGGACCUAUUAUGCUACAAAUUACAACAAGAAAAAUAUUGGUUCUUACUGCGAGUUAUCCAAACCAUGCAGACAGCCAGGGUACUGCAUUGACACGUGCUCGUGCCCAGGCUUUAUGUGCAUCGAUUGCAGCUUUAAAUACAGACUGAAUGAUGAACUUCAAUGCAUUGCGAGCAACAAUAUAGCAUUAAACAAGCCAGCGGAAUUAUCAACACAAUAUGAUGGCAGUACAUUUGCAGCCAACGCAGUUGAUGGAAGCUUAGAAGCGUGGCACAGCACCUGUGCCAUUACAACACAUCAGAGUUUUCCUCCAUGGUUUCGUGUUGAUCUUCAACAGACACUUCCUGUUCGAUCAGUUGCUUUGCAAAACAGGAGGGACUGCUGCUGGAAUCGAAUGAACCCAUUUGAUGUUCGCGUCGGCAUGAGUUUGGAGAAUGAUGGUAGAGUGAAUCCGAAAUGUGUUGAUGGGGCCAGUUUUAUCCACGGAAACCAAUACCUCAGUUUGGAAUGUCCUUCGAUAAUGUACGGCCGUUACGUCAUUGUGUUAGCUGAGACUCGAACGAUAAUGGAGCUUUGCGAGCUAGAGGUUUAUUCAUAAGAAUAAUUGUCAGAUUUUGCAGACACUCAUAUAUUGAUAAACAUAUUACCAAGUUUGCACUGUUUCCUCAUGCACAUCUCUUUAAGCAGACAAGCCCGCCUCAUGUAAACAGGCCCUAUGUGAGCCACAAAUAAUUUUGUGCGUUUCAAAUUGUUGACCGUUUGAAUUGUUAUUAUUGUAAUUCUACUGGGUUGUCAAAGUUCAUUGCACCCCGUGCAAGGGCGUCGCGAGUUUUUUCUAAAAAUCAAAAAUCAAUGUUUUUCUGAGGAUCGUCGAACUGUCUAUUCUGAGCGGUGUAGUAAUUUGUUAAAUUUUAUCCUGGGAGAUGCAUUGUUAGCCAUUCUAGAAGGCUUGAUUUCAAAAUUUUCUUCCGCGUCGGACCCAACCAUGGUGGAUCCUCUUUUGACACUUAAUUUGACACUAGCCCAACCCCAAAUUCAAUUUCGUGCGCUGCUGUCUCUGUCAGAUUCAAAUAGUGCGAUUCAAUGCUUGAAAACUUUGAAGUUGUUGAGAGAACUACUAUUUAAAAAACUACUAAAGAAUAACAAACUUAAACCAUGUUAGUAUAUCAUACAUUACAUAUACGAUGACACAAGGAUGAUAAAAUCGCCCAUAAGCAGUGGCGACAUGGACUAAGGU